UUCACAGUUUCGCGAUAAACUAAAUAGCACUCAGUUAUUCCAAGGUAGCUCUAGCUAACAGACGUGUGAUUGCAACUUUUUGAAUAUAUAUUUAGAAAAAAGGACAGUAGUUACUGUCAACUUGCCAAUCAUACUAUUACCGAUAGUAAAACUUAUAAAUAAUUAAUUCGUUACUGUAAGUUACAUUAUUAAUCGCUUACUGAAGUGAAGAGUAAACCAAUUCAUGUGUGAGAUUAGUAGUGUGUUCAUCAACUAUUGAACUAUGGAAUCAUGUCUAACGUCUACUGCUUUGGCAGCAGUUGAUCCUUCUUACAACAUCUUUAUUCAACUAAUUCACACAAUUUUAGUGGCACAAUGUAACUUGGGUAACCCAGAUGAUUACCCACCUGAUCGAACUUCACAGGUAUUAGCUAGUUUAAAUGAUCCAUUCGACUUUGUAAUCGUUGGAGGAGGUUCAGCUGGAUCUGUUCUUGCACGAAGACUGUCUGAACAGCCAAACUGGAAAGUAUUAUUAAUAGAAGCAGGGUCAUAUCCUUCAAUUAGCAGCGAUGUUCCGGGGUUGGUAUUAACUCUUCAAGAGAGCCCUGAAGACUACAAUUAUGUGGUCGAGCAUCAAGACAAUUUCUGUUUAGGAAUGGCUAAUCGUCAGUGUAAAUGGGCCAAAGGAAAAGUUUUAGGUGGAAGCUCUUCAAUAAAUGCCAUGUUUCAUAUCCAUGGAAAUAAAGAAGAUUUUGAUUCUUGGGAAGCUCUUGGCAAUGAAGGAUGGGGUUUUGAUGAUGUCCUUCCAUACUUUAAAAAAUCUGAAAGUUAUUCAGAAGAAUUCAUCACAAUUCAUGGAGAUAAAUUUUUGGGAAGUAGUGGACCUAUUCAUGUUCGUAAUUAUAAUUAUUCAGAUACUUCUAUCAAUCAAGUAAUUAUGGAAGCAGCUAAAGAAAAAGGAAUUCCAACUUUGGAUGCAUUUAAUAAAGAUAAAUACAUUGGAUUUUCUCUUGCGCAAGGAACUAUUGAGAAUGGGCGUCGACAGAAUGCAGCUAAAGCUUAUUUGUCUCCAGUUAAAGAUAAAAAAAAUUUAUUUUUAAUGACUGGAUCUAGAGUCGACGAAAUUUUGAUUGAUGGGAAUCAAGCAGUUGGAGUAAGAGUUACUCUCAAAGAUGGAAAGUCUAUUGAGAUAAAAACAACCAAAGAAGUAAUUCUUUCUGCUGGAUCCAUUGCUUCACCACAUUUACUCAUGUUAUCAGGAAUUGGACCAAAAGAAGAGCUAAAAGAGCAUGGGAUUAAAUGUAAAGUUGAUUUACCAGUUGGAAAAAAUCUUCAAGACCAUUUGAUAUGGCUAGGAGUUCAGCUGGAGUUUGUAAAUAAUUCUCAAAUAAAAAUACCUUCAAUUGUUUUCGACGAUGCAUAUAAUUAUUUGAUGCAUCGAAAAGGAGAGUUUGCUGAUGUUGGUGGUAUUGAUCUUGUAGGCUUUAUUAAUGUCGAUGAUUCAAACUCUAAAUAUCCAAAUAUUGAAUUCCAUAAUAUUUACAUGCCAAGAGGUCAUAUUAUGAAAAGUGUAAGUAUGGUGAAAGCUAUGGGCCUUGCCCAAGAGAUAGGCGAUGAAAUUACAAGGUUAACACAAGUUUUUGACACUGUCUUUAUGAGCCCCACCUUACUGAAACCCAAAAGUACAGGAUACCUUAAAUUACGUAGUGCAUUACCAAGUGACCCUGUUAAAAUUUUUGCUAAUUAUUUAACCAAUGAUGAAGAUAAAGAAGUUAUGCUUAAAGCAUUAGAUUUUGUAAAAAGUCUUACAACCACUGAAACUUUCAAGAAAUUGGAUAUUAAGUUGAGAAACUUCCAAAUUCCUGGUUGUAAAAAUUUCCAGUUUGACACUAGAGAUUAUUGGGAGUGUAAUUUGAGACACAUGGCAGGAACACUCUAUCAUCCAGUUGGAACAGCAAGAAUGGGACCACCAGAUGAUUCGAAAUCUGUCGUAGACUCUAAAUUGAAAGUUAUAGGAGUUGAUCGAUUAAGAGUUAUUGAUGCUUCAAUUAUGCCCACUAUUACCAGUGGCAAUACCAAUUCUCCAACUAUAAUGAUCGCAGAGAAAGGAGCUGAUCUUGUUAAGAGUCAAUGGCUAGCUAGAGAUGAAUUGUAAAAGUUGAAAUCACAUUGAUAAUAUUUUUAAAAUAGUAUGAUUUAUAAUUAAUUAUCCAUGUUAAUUACGUGGAUGGAAUAAUACAUAAUUCUUUUUUUUCAUAUGUUUUUUAGUUAAUAAUUUUUUUUAACGAUAAAAGUAUAUGUCAAUAUAAUUUCAUGUACAAUUUAUGAUAUAUUUGACGAGUAAAAUAAACUUCCGUAACCAGUCAA